AUGGCAAGUAAUGAGGAUAUUUUCGUGUGUCCUAUUUGUUUGGACUUUCUGAAGGAUCCGGUGACUCUUAGCUGUGGACACAAUUACUGUUUGGGCUGUAUUGAGAACUGCUGGAAUGAGGAAGAUGUGAAGGGUGUUUACAGCUGUCCCCAGUGCAGACAGACUUUCACUCCAAGACCUGUUUUAAAGAAGAAUAUUAUUAUUGCUGAGCUUGUGGAUCAAAUGAAAAAGAGCAGAAUACAAACUGCAGCUGCUGUUGAAUGUGCUGCUGGACCUGGAGAUGUGGCCUGCGAUGUUUGCACUGGAAGAAAACUCAAAGCUGUCAAGUCAUGUCUGGAGUGUUUGGUAUCGUACUGUGACACUCAUUUGAAAGCUCACAAUGAACUAAAUCCAGGUAGAAAUCACACCAUGACUGAUGCCACAGGCCAGCUACAGGAGAGGAUCUGCCCCCAUCAUAAGAAGCCUUUGGAAAUAUUCUGUCGCACCGACCAGAGUUGUAUUUGUCUUCUGUGUACGAUGGACGAUCAUAAAGGCCACGACACAAUCACGGUGAGGAAAGAAUGGAUUCAGAACAAGGUAAGAUGAGGAAAUAGCCUAAUUUUACCUACUCUGUAAAAAAUAUGUUUAUUCGUUUUGCAUUGUUCAUGCACAGAGGGUUAACCUGUAAACUAUAUAUAAAGUUAAGAAAUGAUUUGCCUUUGCCCAACUUAGAUAUAACAUUCAACAUUGACAGACCAACCUCCCUCCCCCUACCUGUCAUACAGGUUCUGCCAGUCUGUCUCGUGUUUAGACUUAUGUCUGAUGUCAUCAGCUUGUGAGCAAUUUUUAUAGUUCAUGCAUAAUUUAU